CUCACCCAGUGGGUGGAGGCUGGGCCUUUGCGAUUCAGUCGUCUCACAUACAGCCUCUUAGUUGGCAACCAUCCUACCCAAGCCUGAUUUAGAGACGGUAUUAAAACUAUGACUUGGGAUCUUGUCACGCUGAAUUCCGGUUACAUUAUGCCGAGCAUUGCUUAUGGUACAUGGACCCUUGGGAACGGGCAGGGUCCCAUCGACCAGAUCGCACAAGCUUUCGAUACGCAAUACUACCACAUUGACACCGCUCAGGGGUACAGAAAUGAGGGUGAAGUGGGCAUCGCUCUUCAUGAAAGCGGUCUGUCGCGUGGCGAUGUAUUCAUAACGACUAAAUACUCUGGCUUCGACGGGCUGGAUAUUCCUACUGCGAUCAGAAACAGCGUCAACAACAUCGGAACGCCUUACGUAGACCUAUACCUGAUUCAUAACCCACGCCUCGCGGUACCGGACAUCCCAACAGCGUGGGCAGAAAUGGAGAAGGUGGUGGAGGAUGGACUGGCAAAGAGUAUUGGUGUAAGUAAUUUUGGUGUACAAGACUUGGAAAUUCUGUUGGCGUCUGCGAAAAUCAAACCUGCUGUGAAUCAGAUCCUUCUCCAUCCCUAUGUUUACUUACAACAGACGCCUAUAGUGGAGUACGCUGCUGAACAUGACAUUGUUAUUGAGGCAUACAGCGCCCUCCGACCACUCACCAAGGAACCCAGUGGCCCAUUAGACGCUCCACUGAACGAGAUCGCCACUCGACUUGGGGCAACUACAGAUCAGGUGCUUCUCGCUUGGACAAAGGCUAAAGGUGCCGUUAUCGUCACAACCAGCUCCAAGAAAACACGUUUAGAAGGCUAUCAAGAUGCAGGCGAUAUUGAGCUUUCAAAAGAGGAUAUUGCUGCAAUUGAUGCUGCCGGAGCAUUGGGCGAAAAGCGAAUCACCGUUAGAAUGGGGCUGCGGAAGUUUGGUGUUGGGGUUCUAGUUGCGGUUGCGAUGUUGAGCCUUUGCAGUUAUUUUAGAAUCAGGAGUGAUAAAUCGUUGUAGGAUAUAUUAUUAUAUUCGAUCGCUCGCUAGGACAUUUUAUCUUUUACACACAGACUAGUCAUUUCAUCAAAAGAUACAUAGGCGCUCUCCAGGGGUUUCCAGGUUGACAUGGACUGCCAUGGCCACACUCUAUGAUGUACGACACACUUGCAUGAUGCGUGUGCAUGUGGUCAUGGAGUCGGCACCGUACAGUUUGC